AUGGGCCUUGAAAUCGCUGAUGAGGACCUGGACGGUCGUGGCAUGACCUUCCUGAGUUCGGACCCGGAGCGGGAGCAUCACGAGUUCGUCUUGAUGAAGGGCCGCGUAACAUCGGGUGAUGCCAAGGUCAUUCAGCAGAUUUCCUUCAUCGUUUCAGGCUUGGACGAACUGAAGGAGUAUCACCAGCGCAUCAAGGAAGAAGGCGUGGAGAUCGACCGAAUCGUCAGCCACGGCAAUGCCUUCGGCAUGUACUUCUUCGAUCCCGAAGGCAACCGGAUCGAGCUUUACUGCAAGACCGGCUUCCUCGUUCCUCAGCCCCACGGCAGCCCAUCGAUCUCGAGGCGUCAUCCAACGAGGAGUUGA